CGCUUGUGGGUUUUGGUGGACAGCUCUAUGUUUCACGCACAGAAAGAGAAUGGCCAAGAUAUUGUGCAUUUUGUCUGCAAUAGUUUUUGUCGUGAAAACUGACGAUGUCAGCGAAUUUAAUGCAACGACCACAGCCGUGAACAUUACAUUGAACUCUACUGUUAACAGAACGAUAGCUUUUAAGACGCCCGUGUUGUCAUUAUUCUCCACCAACACCACAGCCAAUAAAACAGUUUUGGGAAAGAAAAAUAUGCGAAAGAAAAAUGUAGAUGACAAGCGCAUCGAUCAAGACGAGGAUGGAAAAGAUGAAACCAAGAAUGGCACAGCAGACGCAAAGAAACAACCCGACUGUCCCCCGCUGGGUCUGAAGUCACUGAGGGUUGAUGACAGCCAGUUCCAUGCUUCGUCCUACCUGCGGAUGGGACUUGGCCCUCACAGGGCAAGACUUAAUAUACAGUCAGGUAUCGAGGACGGCGACAUGUAUGAUGGUGCGUGGUGUGCUAAGUAUGAGGACCAGUACCAGUGGCUGCAGGUGGAUGCUCUGCGCCCCACGCUGUUCACAGGAGUCAUCCUGCAGGGACGUAACUCCAUCUGGAGCUGGGACUGGGUUGAAACCUACAAAGUGCAGCUGAGUAACGACUCCGAGACCUGGAAGACCUGCAUGAACGGAACCGAGGAGGCGGUGUUUGUUGGAUCCCGAAAUGAACCUGAGACACCCUAUCUGGCCCUCUUCCCUCAGCCCGCGGUGGCUCGUUGGAUCCGCAUCAACCCCCAGACCUGGUACUGGAACGGGACAAUCUGUCUCAGAGCAGAGGUCCUGGGAUGCCCCCUCCCAGAUCCGGACAACGUUUGGCAACACCUCUCUGAUAAACUGUCUGGCUCUAAAGAUAACCUGGACUUCAGACACCACAACUACAAGGAGAUGAGGAAGCUGAUGAAGGCUGUGAAUGAAGAAUGCCCUCGUAUCACUCGUAUCUACACCAUUGGAAAGAGCUACACCGGUCUGAAGAUGUACGUCAUGGAGAUCUCUGAUAACCCUGGAAAACAUGAACUAGGUGAGCCAGAGUUCCGCUAUGUGGCAGGUAUGCAUGGCAACGAGGUGGUUGGCAGAGAGCUGGUGCUGAACCUCAUGCAGUACAUCUGUCGGGAGUUUAGACGAGGCAACCCACGCAUCGUACGUCUGGUGACCACCACACGUAUCCACCUACUGCCGUCUAUGAACCCUGAUGGAUAUGAAACAGCCUUUGAAAAGGGGUCAGAGCUGGCCGGUUGGGCUCUGGGGCGUUACAGCUACGAGUGGGUCGAUAUGAACCACAACUUCCCCGACCUGAACAAUAUCAUGUGGGACGCCAAGGAGAAUGACACAGAGAGGGUUAAAACAGCCAACCACUACAUCCCCAUACCAGAGUACUACACUAAAGAGGAUGCCUUCGUGACCCCAGAGACACGUGCGGUCAUCAGCUGGAUGCAGGACAUCCCCUUCGUCCUGAGUGCCAACCUCCACGGGGGAGAACUGGUGGUUACCUACCCCUUCGACUGCACCCGGGACUGGGCCCCUCAGGAAAACACCCCUACGGCUGACGAUAGUUUCUUCCGCUGGCUGGCCACGGUCUACGCCUCCACCAACCUGGUCAUGGCCAACCCUGAUAGGAGGAUCUGCCACUCUGAAGACUUCCAACAGCACAACAACAUCAUUAACGGAGGAGCCUGGCACACCGUCCCUGGGAGUAUGAAUGACUUCAGCUACAUGCACACGAACUGCUUCGAGGUGACGGUGGAGCUGUCGUGUGACAAGUUUCCUCACGCCAGCGAGCUUCCUACCGAGUGGGAGAACAACAAGGAGUCUCUGCUGGUCUACAUGGAGCAGGUUCAUAGAGGCAUCAAGGGAGUGGUGAGAGACAAGAUGACAAAGAAAGGCAUUGCAGACGCCAUUGUGAAAGUGGAAGACCUGGACCAUGACAUACGAUCAGCGGCUGAUGGGGACUACUGGCGUCUGCUGAACCCCGGGGAAUACAAAGUGACGGUGUGGGCGGAGGGAUACUUUCCCUCCAUGAGGCGAUGCAGCGUCGGGACCGAAGCACGCCCCACCAUUUGUGACUUCAUCUUAAUCAAGACGCCACGGCAGAGGAUGAACGAGAUCCUAGCUAAAGGGGGGAGGUUACCCCAGGAUCUGCAACUGAAGCUGAGAGCACUGAGGCUCCGGAAACUAAGAGUCUCCACCAAGGCCAUCAACCAGCGGAGGGAGCACAGCCGCAAGGCCAGGGGAACACGGUUCGCUAGGGCACCACGUCCUCUCACACCCCUGGCCUGAGAGACAGGGGACAGACUGCGUCUCUAAUGACACCCUAUUCCCCGCAUGGCUCUGGUCAAAAGAAGUGCACUAUAAAGGGGGAAUAGGGUGCCGUUUGGGACUCAAGUUGAGGCUUUGAAACGACCGGGUGUUUUGAGAUGGGACUACAUUGUAGUCAGCGACUACAGACGGACUGAAAUACAAAAUGUCAAUGAGAAGUCAUUUUUAGGAAGGUGAUUUGGUAAAUCCGACUGCGACGUAGUCGAUCUGAAACAAGACACAGAGGCUUUAACACAAGUCUGUAUUCCCAGUGAAUGUUGUGAUUUCAGAUUUGAAUAUGAGGGGGGGGACUGGCCACCCCUCAUAGCCUGCUUCCUCUCUAGGUUUCUUCCUAGGUUCUGGCCUUUCUAGGGAGUUUUUCCUAGCCACCGUGCUUCUACACCUGCAUUGCUUGCUGUUUGGGGUUUUAGGCUGGGUUUCUGUACAGCACUUCGAGAUAUCAGCUGAUGUACGAAGGGCUUUAUAAAUACAUUUGAUUGGAAUAGCAGAGAAGUAGAGAGAGAGAUUUAAUCUCACUAGUUUGUUGGGACAGUGGUCAACAUGUUAGUUGUUUGUGAAAAGGUAGAGAGAUAAUGUUGUCGAUGUGGCUGUAUCUUUACAUUGGUAGGAAGAUUUCAUACCUUCUAACUAGUUGUUUAGCUUGUUGGGACAGUGGUCAACAGUAGCUAGGUUUCCAUCCAAUUGGCGACAGACAAAAAUAUGCAUAAAGCAAAUCUGCAUAUUUUGCCACCAGUGGUGUUUCCACCAAACUGAUUUUUUUGCGGAUAAAACGUCAGUCCGUGAUGACUUAGUGCGCACAAAUUGUACUUUUUUCACUUAAAGUUUUCACGUUACCGAAUAAAAAUCAAAAGUUCAAUGUUUUUUUCCAUCGCAUUUUCAACUCGGAUCGAUAGUUUUGUCACAAAAAAAACUGUUGCGUUGAAAAUAAAAUGUGCCCCUUUUGGUUUUGGCCCAAACGCGCGCUCUAGCCAACAGCUCGCAGAUACAGUGCAGGUAAACCAUGAUCAGAUUAUUAUGGAUCAGAGCGAAGAUAUUUUUUGUUGUCGACCCGGCAGUCAAGCAUUGAUCUUCAUGUCACCAGAAUAAGACCCUGGAUAUGUAUUGUAAAGGAGCGUCCAGCUCACAGUCCACUAUCACCACCCUGUGAAGUUCAUCAUAACUGAUUUCAUCUGUAGCCUAAUAAACUAAAUGGUUUCCCCGAGUCAUUGUGAGAGGACCACAAGCCAAUAUCAUCUCGUGACUCCCAAGUUUACUUUGAUACAGUUCGAUAGCUAUUAUAUCAAUAUUUGCGCAUAAAGAAGUUUUUUUUUUAAACACCAUUUCUCGUAUAAUUUAAAUUUUCCCGACACAAAAAAAGAUGUUGAACGAAAAACAAAUUAUCUGUCGACAUUUAUAUAAUUAUACUAGAACUACUUGUUGCCAUCACAGUUUCCAUUUGUCCUAUUUUUUGUAUACGGUAUGACUUUACUGAAGAAAAACACUGUGGUUAAUGACAAUAGGAGUCAGCAAGACGGCACAAAUAGAUCUGGGACCAGACUUGUGAACAUCCAAUUCAGUUUACCGUCGCCACUGGUGUACGGGCUUUAGUACAGCUGUUGUUACAGUAACUAUCGAGAAUAUAGAAGAGAGCUUUAAUGAUGACGAGGGGAGGCCACGGGCAGUAUCAGCUGGCCUGAUACGGUUUACUUUUAUAACGUUGUGUAGCGAUGCUGUUUCAUUACAGUUGUAUAUCAUUGUGUGUUUUGACUAUUUCAUUAAAAGGACAACUUGAGUAGACAGA